AAUAAAGAAGAUUAUGGAAAAUCAGAAGAAAAAAAAAUUCAUUUGUCCCAUUUUAAUAAGUCGUUCCCAAUGUUUGAAAAAUCGAGAAAACAAAGGAAAAAACGAAAGUUCGUGUCGGUAGCGCGCAGCCAGCAACGUCGUCAUAGCGACCGUGAACGAAAUUUGUUUUUCACGAGUCAUUAUCGUCACAACUCUCAAAACGGGUUAUAAUCUGAGUCUAAAAUCGGCAGAUAAUCAUGGAAAGUAUCGAUGAUGGGUAUCGUUGGUCGAAGCCGGACUACGAGAAAUGGUUCGACGAGGAAGAAGAUUCUCAAAACAAGGAUCCGGAAAGUUCUCAAAUCUUCAAUACCGAGGAUUACAUAUCCGGAGCGAUUAGAGCCGAGAAUGGAACUGUCGCUCACAAUAUAUUGGAAUUGGAUCAUUCCUACGGGUACGAUUGUCAAAGAUUCUUCAACCUGUGCGUCGCUGAUUCGGAUACGGUUAUCUUUGCGUCCGGGAAUUUGAUACAUUUUUUCAACACCGUUACCGGGGACGUGACAUUCAGACGAUGUUCCACGGGCGGUGGAAUCGGCCACAUCACCAAAAAUCCAUCGAUCGAUCACAUCGCGGUGGGUGAGAACGGUACAGAUCCGCCGAUAAUAAUCUACGAAUGGCCGAGUAUGAAAAUCGUGAGGAUCCUGCGGGGAGGAACGACGAGAUCGUAUUGCCACUUGGCUUACAGCCGGGACGGGCGAUUGUUAGUUUCACAGGGGGGAGAUCCGGACUCGAUGAUUACGGUCUGGAAUUGGAAAAAAAGUAAAAUCCUCUUACAUUGCAAAUCUCAUGGUCAGGAGAUUUUCAAGGCAAUGUUUUCGCCAACGGUGCCCGGUAAUUUGACGACGUGCGGCGCGGGACAUGUGAAAUUUUGGAAAAUGGCUCGCACCUUCACCGGUCUCAAGCUUCAGGGCGAGCUCGGAAGAUUCGGCAAAACCGAAAUCUCCGAUGUCAUUGCCGUCUACCCAAUGCCCGAUGAGAAAGUCGUUUCCGGAUGCGAGUGGGGCAAUAUUUUGAUAUGGGAAGAAGAUUUGAUUAAACUGGAGGUUUGUAAAAAAAGUCGAAACUCGUGCCAUGGAAAAUAUCAAAUCAGCCAAUUCGAGUACCUCAAUGGGGACCUCGUGUCGAUCGGAAUGGACGGUUGGAUUCGCGUUUGGUAUUACGAGACCAUAGAUCAGGCUGAUCCACCCGACGAGGAUCGAUUUCUCGAGAAUGAACCGAUUUACGAGUUUCAAAUAAAAGAAGGAGGCCAAACCGAGGAGGAUACUUCGAUGCUUCUGUCAAUGAUGAAAAAAAAUCCCGAUGAUUCUGAUGAAAAUUUGUGGUAUGCUCAAGAUGGAAACGGAGGUCUGUGGCUCUUGGAAUUGGGCAUUUACGAGCAGCCGAAACGCGAUCCGCAAAAGCUCUUCACCUGCCACGCCGGUCCCAUUUCAUGGAUGGACGUAUCCACUUGGGGACCGUACGUCGCCACUUGCGGUCGAGAUGGUCAUCUUCACAUUUAUAAUUAUGCCAGGAGGAAAUUAAUAUUGGUGAAAAAAUUUCGUGACAAGGGUAUCAGCAGGCUCGUGUGGUUUCCGUGCUCGAUCGAAUCUACCGGCUCGACCAUCGCUUGUGCUUUCGAGAGCGGAGUCAUAAGGCUCGUUGCUCUAGCGAUUUUACACGCGGAUCGAUCCGACGACAUCAAUACAGAUUAUUCACGACUGAUUCAGGCGAUAAGGCCUCACAAAUCGACCAUUACAGCAAUCUCGCUCAAUCGGAAUAACAGUUUGCUCGUGAGCGGGAGCGAGGACUCGACGAUUUUCAUAUUUUCGAUCAACGUGACGGAAACUUAUCCGGAACUCGUGCCAGUAGGCUACGUUAAAUUGGCUUCCGGAGUAUCUUGCAUCGCUUGGAAACCGGAACAGGAGUCUGAGACGGUUUUCAUUGGCUGUCAACGCGGGGAUUGUGCGGAAAUAAAGUUGCCUGAAAAGCCUGAAAAUAACAGGAAGCGCGUGACCUACGAACUGACUCAUUGCGAAGCGACGUACUUCAAAUUUCAAUCGGUCAAAUCGAAAAUAAGGAGAGAAUUGGCGAGACUCGAAAUGGAGAAAAGAAAAGCGAAGAAACGAUUGGCGAAACAAGAAAGAAUGGAGGAAUUUCGACGGGAGAAUCCAGGCAUUGCUAUCGACGAGGAAGAAUUUCUCGCCGAUAUCGAAGAGGAUCCUCCUUUACCCGAAAUUUAUAUACCGGAAAUACCCAAUAGAGUAUUGACGGCCAAUUAUCGGGGUGUUGGAACGAUUUGGUUGACCAUGGGAGGAUACGAUGCGGGAUAUAUUUACGAGUACGAGAUUCCACCGUCGAGCAAAAGCCUCGUACCAACCUUCCCCGAUGAAGUGCAACCAGCGAUCGAGCCGGUCAAAAGCUCCAUCGUAACGAACGCCGACGACACCGAAAUAGCCAGUUGCUUCUUUUACGGAAAUAAAUAUUUAUUCCUCGGAAUGGGAGGAGGCGAGAUUCGAAUUUGUCGAAUAAACUCGCACGACGAUAUGGAUUUCUCGGAUUAUUUGGUCUUGCCGAUGCACGAACCUAAAAAUGGUUUGAUUCCGGUUAUUUCGUUGAGUUACGACGGAAAAAUGUUACUCACCUGCGGCCACGAUGGCAAUUUGUUCUCCUACAAGAUCAAUGACGAAUGUACGAAUUGGCCCCCGAGGAGGAUCGAACAAGCCAAAGAGCAGGCUGCGGAGCUUCCGGCGCCAACAUCGAAAGUCCGAGAUAUCGAAGAAUCGGCUCAGCAAUUGAUUCUUGAAGAGGUCAUCGUCAAAUCGGAGCACGAUCGAAUAUUUGCGGCAGCGAAACGAAAAAAAGAUGCGAGCCUCGCCCUACUGGGGAAUCUGAGCGAAGAGUAUAGAACAAUAUUGGAAAGGAAUUCGCGAAUUUUGAAAUCACAGCAAAUUCCCCAGGAGGAGUUUGAAUUGGAUCCAAGAAUUACAGCCGAUUUGAACGAUCGUUUGAAAAGAGAAAUGGAUCUCGUGCAUAAAAAAAUGGCUUUCGAGGUGGAAAAGAGCCGGCUCGGACUGCACAAGAUGAUGGAGCACUUCGUCGAGUCUCUUGUUCAGUUGCCAUUCGCUGUUUCUCGAAUAUCAAAGCCUCGAACGGUAGUCCAUUCCCUGCGAGAAAGAAAAUUGGGCUCCGAUUUUGCAAGCAUCUACUCGGAGGUUGUGAAACGCAUCGAGGAAAAAAACGAGGCUGUUAGAAGCAGCGAAAGGGCUAGCGAGCGGUACGCCGCGGAAGGGAAUCGAGACAAGAUGUUCGAUACGAAGAUCGACAAGACGGACGUGGCGGAGCAGCAGGAGGAAGAGGAGAAAAAAAAUUUCGGAGGCGUUGAGAAUUUGCUAAUGGGUUUGGACCCUGAUACGGUACUCGAUCGUUUGGCAAUUCAGGCGAAUCAAUUAUUACGAAAAUAUAGAGAGAGAGAAGAAAAAAUGAAAGCAAGAAAGAGGGAGUGGAAAGCCAUGUACGCCUCGAGGCCGGAUCCCGAUUCGAAUCAUCCCGAGGACGUUGCUGCGAUCGAAAGAGCCAAAAAUACGAUCGGGGAUUAUAAAUUGAAGGCAUUUCCGAAUUUUAGCCAGGCCCAGGAGAAGCGGGAAACGACGCUGACGAAAUACAAAGAAUUAUUGGAUUGCAGGAAAAAAACUCAUCAUAUUCGUCAAAAUUUCAAUUCUCGAUUGAACGCCAUUCGAGAUGAAAAAUUAGCCCUUCGAUCUCAAGUUUUUGCUUCGAUUAGAAAAUUAAAAGAAAUCCAUGCCGAAAUACCGAAUAAAAAAAUAAAGCCACUGCCGAUCAUUCCGGAGAUCGAUGACAACAUCGAAUUUCCGGAAAAAAAUUUGGAGUUGGAAAAAUAUGUUACAAUGGCGGAGCGAGUGAAAGCUACGAAACGAAAAAGAAUGUCGAUAAGCGAGGAAAUAAUAAUAAAUCCGAUGGAGGAGGAGUACGAGGUGCUUUUGCUGGACGAGAAGAUGAUUGCGUUGGAAUUGAACGCAUCGAUUAAAAAUUUGGAAGUUAUGAAACCGGAAAAACUGUCGAAAGCUCGCGUGAGCGUUCCUCGUGAAUUGUUGAAAUCCCUCGAGGCGAAUGACCAAAGAGAAACUCCGUGGGAACAUGAAAUGAAGCGUUUGAGAGCAUCGAGAAAAGUUCACGAGCAGGAUUCGAUUUUGAGAGGCAUCGAAAAGAGUUACGCAAGCUUGGACCAUCGACUGGACGAGCUCGAGCGAGAAAGACUCGAAAUAACUGCUGAGAGCGUUUAUUCUGAUCUUUUCUUACUUACUCUUCACCAGGAAUUGAUAGUACUCCAAGAUUUUGAGUCGAUGGAGGAUAUUCUUACUGAAAAAGUUGCAAGAAAAAUGGAAGAACGUGACGCAAUUAAUCUUCAAGUUCAAGCUACGACCAUCAGGAUCGAUCAGAGAUACAAAGAAAUCACCAAGUUGCACGAUAACAUAAAACACCUUGAAAUGAAAUUCGAUCGAAUGGUCAGCGACAACAAAUUCGCUGAUUUCUUGAAACGUAUUUACAAGAAAAAAUUCAAGCCACCCAAGGACGUUGACGAUGACUCAUCGUCACCUUCGAGUUCGGACUCGAGUUCAAGCGAGGACGAUGGGAAAAGUCUAGCGAGCGACGAUCUCGGGCCACUUCGUCUCAACGAAAAUAUUUGUCCAAUCGGUUGUGACCAAGAAUUGUAUGAUUCAGCGUUUUCUAUGAGGGACGAGCGUUACGAGUGCGAGCACAAGAUUCGAGACGCUCAAAAAAUCAUUGAAACUUUGCGCAAGGAAGUUGACGGGGAAACGAAAAAAUGGAAACAAAUCGACGGCGAACUGAAGACCAAUCGGAAGGAUCUCGAUGAUUUUAUGUGCGAAAAACAAAAAAAGCUCAACGACAUAGACAUGACUGUCAUACUCAAGUUCCACCAACUCCAACACUUGGCCGGUGAUAACCGAGUCGCGAGAAUUCGCGAUUGCGUAGUUUUCGACAAAACAAAACUUUCCCGCCUGUACACAAGAGUCGGUGAAUUGCAGCAAGAAACUUUAGAUCAGAAAGAAAAGCACAAGAAGAAUCGAACGCAUCUGCACCGAAUGAAAAUAGAUUGUAAACACAUGGAGGGAGAGAUAAAAAAACUGAAAAGUAGAAUAAAGCAGGAAAUGAUGGAAAAAUUUGGACGCGAAAUAUCCAUCGACUAUUUGUACGAAGUUGUAUUAAAAAGAAUGAUUCACGACGUUAGGGCCGACGUGAGAGAAAUGACGAGAGAUUUCGACAUAAAAAUCCAAGCGGUAAAAGAAAAAUAUUAUCAGCAAUUGAGCAUUCUUGAGAAUCUCGUUCGUGACAACACGGAAAAACUGAGCUUCAUCACGGUCUUGGAAGGGGAACGUAUGAAGUUGAAAAAAAUCUUGAGACACAAGCCCGAAUCGGAAGAAAAGAUUUUGAAGAUGGAGCUCGAGUAUAAGGAGGAUUUGGAUCGGUUGGAGGGUAUAAUGAGAAAUCAGAGAAACCAGAGAAAGCUUUUCCAAAAUGAUAUAAGGAACUUGCGUUUGAAAACGAGACCGCUGCCAACGAUCUGUGCCAGAAAGAGUGUAAAUCUGUUGAGAAACGUUGACAAAUCUAACGACGAGAUGAACGUCAUUUCGCUGGAUCCGGAUAGCAGGUCCGAAAACGAAUUCCUAACGGAAGCGACUUGUGACGAAACUGACAUCAGCGAGAAAAACGAGGAUCGAGUGGAGGAUGAAAAGCAAUUGGAAAAAAAAUUGAACGAAGAAAAAGAGGAUUCACGUACAAUCGCCUCUGCCGCUGCCAUGGUGCAUCGUCUAAUGUCAAGAGUUUUGGAAAGCUCUGCGCAGGAGGAGGAAGAGCAAGGGAGCGAGGGAGCGGAUCGUGAAAUUUUUAAACAAGUUCUUGAAAGUGUACCGACCGAAGGAGGAAUAGUAGAAAUGCGCGAAGGAAUUGAACGCUCGGUCGAUCGAAUUCUUGGGUCUCUGCCCGACGGAAACGAGGAAGCGGUGGAAGCCAUGAGGGAAGCGGUAAAAGAAAGCCUGGACGAAAUUGUUGAACGUUUUGAGGAAGAAUCUCGAGGAGUCGGUACGAGCCUUUCAGAAAUUGGAUGGAAUAUGAAACAAAAGAUAACAGAUUUGUUGGAGAGCAUGGGGAUAAAAGGUGAUGCCGGAAUUGAGAACGACUUGAUAAAACAUUUGAAAAAUGACGACGAGAUUGAGGACGCUAUAGAGUAUUUAUUGAAAAACGUGCAAACGGUUUCGGACGCCGAAACUCUAGCGGUUUUGAAGGAACACGCUUUCCGAACACUUACAGAAAUUAAAGAAGAAAUGACAGAAAGCGAGAAAACAGAAGACCCGACUUCGCGUGUAAGAACGAGAAAAUCAUAAAGUUCGUAGCUUCGAGCCGAUCGAUCGUCAUUUAAUUUUUAUAUUCUCAUUUUUCAGGAAUAAUGAAGCAAAGCUCGUUAAGGAAAAGCUGAAUUGAUUACAAAAUGACGAAUUUAUUGUGAAAAGAUAAUAUGAGAAGUACGAGUCAUCGUAGACUCAGUGAAUAAGUGGAAUGAUCUAAGAAAAAAAAUAGUGCAUAUAGAUGUAUAAACGAUAACUUGAAAAAAUAAUUCAUCCGAAUUUUCUCCUUAAUUCAACAAGUUCGGUCAUAAAUAUAUUCGUACACUAUUAUAUAUAAAGUUGUUUCGUAUGUGAAAGAUAUCCUACAUUAUAUUUACAUAUGUUUAAAUUGUUCCUCCUGCAUACUGUGAUAAACACUUCACUUUCUACUGCC